AUGAUUCCCGGCACAACGCCUGAGCGUACCCUUUCCAAUGCCCCACCAAUUGUACCAUUGACCUAUCAUGGAUCCGCGGACAAUGAGAAGCCACACUCUUUAUAUCGAGACAUAGAGUCGACAGGCCUGCCAGACCAAGAAGUCUCAUAUCCAGAGGGUGGAAGAGGCUGGUUGGUUGUAUUUGGAUCGUUCUGUGGAAUGUUGGCAGCCCUUGGACUCAUGAAUUCAAUAGGCAUCUAUCAAGCCUACGUUGCCACACAUCAGUUGUCCGAUUAUUCAGAAAGUCAAAUAUCUUGGAUCUUCAGUGUAUAUUCCUUUCUUUCGUUCUUUUGUGGUGUUCAAAUUGGACCAUAUUUCGACGCCAAAGGUCCUCGUCUAUUGGUUGCAGUUGGCAGUGUACUGCUAGUAGCCUGCACACAGCUGCUGGGCAUCUGUACGAAAUACUGGCAUUUCAUGCUCUGCUUCGGGGUCUUGGGAGGCACUGGAACCAGCCUCAUAUUCACUCCAGCCGUCUCCAGUAUUUCUCAUUGGUUCCUGGCACGACGUGGUAACGCGACUGGUGUCGCAGCAACAGGAGGUGCCGUCGGCGGCGUCAUCUUCCCUCUGAUGUUGCAGAACCUCUUUCCCAAAGUUGGCUGGGAAUGGGCGACUCGUAUUCAAGGCUUCAUAUACAUUGGUCUUCUUCUAAUGGCCAAUCUUUUUAUCCGUUCUCGGCUCCCACCAAAACCUGGUGGCAGCGUCUUGCCAGACUUUAGGAUCUUCCGGGACGUUCCUUUCGCCCUGACCACGGUUGGAGUCUUCUUCGCUGAGUGGGGGCUAUUCGUCCCAAUCUCCUAUCUGACGUCCUACGCAUUGAGUUCUGGUGCUUUCAGCACAACCUUUGCAUAUCAGCUCAUUGCGAUAUUCAAUGCCGGAUCAAUCAUCGGCAGGUGGGCUCCCGGGUAUCUCGCCGACAAAGCCGGAAGAGUCAAUCUGAUGAUCGUUUGCCUAGUAUUGUGCGCUCUAUCCUCAAUGGCUCUCUGGCUACCUGCAACGAUUCUCUCCGCAUCUGGUGGUAGUAGUGAUUCGACAAUCCUGGGCCUCACGAUAGCCUUUGCAAUCCUGUUUGGAUUUGGUUCCGGAUCCAACAUCAGUCUCACUCCUGUCUGUGUUGGCCAGCUCUGCUUGACUGAGGAGUACGGCAGAUACUACUCCACCUGCUACACCAUAGUAUCGCUCGGCACGCUUACGGGCCUGCCUAUUGCAGGAGCAUUACUUGAAGCAUGCGACGGAAAGUACUGGGGCCUUGUAUUGUUCACAGGUCUGUGCUAUAUCAUCAGCUAUGUCGCAUUCUCGUGGGUCAGAGUAAUGAAGCAAGGGUGGGGGUUAACGAAGGUGUAUUAG